CAUGUCUUUGGAAGUGGGAGGAAGCCAGAGUACCCGGAGGGAACCCACGCAUUCACGGGGAGAACAUGCAAACUCCACACAGAAAGAUCCCGAGCCUGGAUUUGAACCCAGGACUGCAGGACCUUCGUAUUGUGAGGCAGACGCACUAACCCCUCUGCCACCGUGAAGCCCAUAUAUAUAUAUUUGUUGUAUUUUCCUGAAAACCCUUGAACGGUUAAUCCUCUUUGAGUCAAACUCCAAUACUUUAUAAGAGGGAUUUUGCUGGUGUGGAGUGUGCAGAAGUAGUCCAGCGUGCAGCUUUGCAUCAACAUGUUGAACAUCAGCGACUUGCCAACGCAUCCUCUCACCUCCACGAGAUGGGAGUGUCUCCUGCAGCCGCUCUGGGACUAUCUGCUUCUUCACCACCUGCCUCUCAUCUCGUCCCCUUUCUUCCCAGUCCUGCUUGCUUUUUGCAGCUACUUCGUCUUCAGCUUACCUUUUGCAGUGAUGGACCUGUUGGGACAAAGGGCUCCUUUUUUCCACCGGUACAAGAUCCAGCCGCAGAGGCAGCCCACACUUGGAAUGAUGGCCAGGAGCUUGCUGAUCGCUCUUUUCAACCAAAUCUUCUUUGUCCUACCAAGUGUGAUGGUCAGCAUGUUCAUCCUUCCUCCCCCAGCGAUACCUCAGGAAGCUCCCGCCCUUCACAGAGUCUUCAUAGACGGACUGGCUCUUCUUCUCCUCUUUGACACUCAGUACUUCAUCUGGCAUUUUAUGCACCACAAAAACAAGCAGCUUUAUCGAUGCAUCCACGCCAUCCACCAUGAAUACACGGCGCCUUUUUCAUGGUCCACCGAGCAGCUCAGCAUCCCAGAGCUGCUAACGGUAGCACUCUGGAGCAACCAGGAUCCCGUUUUUCUCAAGUGUCACCCUUUGACCAUGUGGUGCGUCACGGUGCUCAGUAUCUGGAUGUCAGUGGAGGAUCACAUUGGCUACGAUUUGCCGUGGAGCCUCAACCGACUGGUGCCCUUCGGCCUGCUGGGGGGCGCACCGGCUCACGACAUGCACCAUCAGAGGCCCAGCAGCAACUACGCUCCCUUUUUUAGCCACUGGGACAGAAUAUUUGGUACGGCAGUCGCGCUGAGGGACAAGAAAGACGAUAGGUCGGCUACAUAAUUAGAGACUAUGUUUUGUCAGUGUGAGCCUGUACAUCCAUGUCAAUUAUGUGGGGCGGUAUAGCUCGGUUGGUAGAGUGGCCGUGCCAGCAACUUGAGGGUUGCAGGUUCGAUUCCCGCUUCCGCCAUCCUAGUCACUGCCGUUGUGUCCUUGGGCAAGACACUUUACCCACCUGCUCCCAGUGCCACCCACACUGGUUUAAAUGUAACUUAGAUAUUGGGUUUCACUAUGUAAAGCGCUUUGAGUCAUGAGAGAAAAGCGCUAUAUAAAUAUAAUUCACUUCACUUCAAUUAAUCAUUUGUCCACAUUCAAUUUUUUUUUCAAACUAUUUUUAGGCAUUUAAAGGUGAUUCUUUGGUGGAUGCAUGGAGAAUGUUAGUUUAAUUGCCUGACUCUAUUAAACAUACUGUACAUGCGUUACUUGAUUUAAAGCCUUGUUGUGUUU